GUAGGGUCCGAUAAAUUUUAUUUACAAAUUUGAAUAUGCCCGAUGCCGCCGCCCGUGAUGGCCGGAGGUCAGGAGUGUCCAUGCACUCAGAAGUUGAAGCAAGCAGAAUGGAGCAUUGGGAGGAAGAAGAUAAACACUUCUUGCAAUCUACUACGUUUGUUGGAUCACCAAUUGAUGGGCAAUAACUUUCAGCUGAAAUAAAUAAAAAUAAUAAGGCAAGCAUCAGCCUCUGUAAUUUGUAAUUUAGAGUAGAAUGUAUGUAUCUAUGUUGUUUCAAACCCUCGUGGUUAUGCCACCCCGAAAAAAAAAAGUAACGUUUCCUCUCGUUCCGUAUUACUUUAAACGCCAAGCCCAUAUAUACUCCUGAGAACCAUAUCCUGGUGGCAUGUUCACAACCACUGAACCAUCUCUCCCCAAGAAUCGUCGAUGGACUCCGUGCACACCUCCACCGGCGGCCGCCGGCGCCGCGUGCUGUUCUUCCCGCUCCCAUACCAGGGCCACCUCAACCCCAUGUUCCAGCUCGCCGGCAUUCUCCACUCCCGUGGUUUCGCCGUCACCAUCUUCCACACCCACUUCAACGCCCUCGACGCGUCCCUCCACCCCGCCUACGACUUCGUUCCCGUCCCCGACGGCUGCCCGCCGGCGGACACCCCCGGCACGCUGCAGGUGACCCUCGAGCGCGUCCUCGCCGUGAACCGCGCGUGCGAGGCGCCGUUCCGGGAGCGCCUCGCCGCGCUGCUGGAGCAGCAGCGGGAGGACGACGUCGUCGCGUGCCUCGUCGCCGACGCGCACCUGCUGACGCUGCUCGGCGUGGCGCGCGGGCUCGGCGUGCCGACGCUGGUCCUGCGCACCGGCAGCGCCGCCGGCUUCCGCUGCUUCACGGCGUUCCCCAUGCUCUGCGACAAGGGCUACCAGCCGGCGCAGGAGUCGCGGCUGGACGCGCCGGUGAAGGAGCUGCUGCCGUACCGCGUCCGGGACCUGCUGUCGACCACCGCCGCCGGCCACGCCGUGGUGAGCGAGGCGAUCUCCCGGAUGGUGACGGCCGCCGCGACCUCCUCGGGCCUCAUCCUCAACACGUUCGACGCGCUCGAGGCCGCAGAGCUCGCGGCGCUCCGGCGAGACCUCGCCGUCCCGGUGUUCGACGUCGGCCCGCUCCACAAGCUCUCGCCGGCGGCCGCGAACAGCCUGCUGCGACAGGACCACGGCUGCCUGGACUGGCUGGACACGCAGGCCCCGGCGUCCGUGCUCUACGUCAGCUUCGGCAGCCUCGCCAGCUUGUCCGCCACCGACCUUGUCGAAAUAGCUUGGGGCAUCGCUAACAGCGGCCUUCCAUUCCUCUGGGUGCUCCGGCCGGGCCUCGUCCGCGGCGCGCCGGCGUCACAGGACCCGCCGCCGCUGCCCGACGGCUUCGACGCCGCGACGCGCGGCCGCGGCACGGUGGUGAGCUGGGCGCCGCAGGAGGAGGUCUUGGCGCACCCCGCCGUGGGCGGGUUCUGGACGCACUGCGGGUGGAACUCGACGCUGGAGGGCGUGUGCGCCGGCGUGCCGAUGCUGUGCCGGCCGUGCUUCGGCGACCAGAUGGGGAACGCCCGGUACGUGGACCACGUGUGGCGGGUCGGCGUCACGCUCGAAGGCGAGCUCGAGAGGGGGAAGGUGGAGGCUGCCAUCGCGGCGGUGAUGCACGGAGGAGGAGAGCCCGGCGAGGGGAUGCGGCGGAGGGCGCUGGAGCUGAAGAGCAGAGCGGCGGAGAGCAUCGGCGAGGCCGGGUCGUCCUGCCUCAACGUCGACAAGCUGGUGAGCCACAUCAUGGGCCUGUAGGCGUUUCUUUUUCUUUGAUCAGAAGAAAAGAUUCUCUUGGACAAUGUCACGGUGGGCAGUGACUUUGUUUGGUUUUCUUGUCCUAUGUAUGGUAUGAUGCGAUCCGUUUCAAGCAGUCGCAGAACAACGUGGAUUUUGCACGUGACCUCGUGGCUACAA